GGCGACUGGAUUUUGUUCUAUGGACAGAUGCCCCCAUGUCAAGGCUCGAGAAGAAUCCCGCGGAUGGCUUGUCUUCUGGACGAACAAUGCUGCUAGUGUAGAUUGGCUCAGAGUUCUGGAACACCCAACACCCGUCGUCACAAAAAAGGUCAAGUUGUCACCUGAUACUAUGCUGGUAGAGUUGCCGUACAGCAGCAGCUCGCUGACAGGCAUAAACUGUCAACGCAGACGCACGGCUACGCCUGAGCCUAGACACCUCACAGACGAUCACAUCAUCAAGGAAGCUGUCCCGGAGGUCAAGGACCUCGCGCGUGCAAGCGUCUGCGCCCGAAUCGAAGGGCGCUUUGCGGCUAUUGGAUAUUCAGAAAGCAUCCAGACCGUCCAGCGCAGCGCAGCGAUCCUCGAGGCCGAGUUGGCCUAUCAGCGUGCUCAUUUCCAGUGGCUGUCGUUCAACAAUACGAGCAUCGAGGACAUGGAUCCAGACCUGCGUCGUGCGAUGUUCCCAGUCCCUCGAGGGAUUAUCCCGGAGAUCGACGAUGCCGAGUGUUUCUUUGAGCACAUCCUCGCCGAAGCCACUCACAGAAGAUUAGUGCACCAUGAAGCGGCCACAAGUUUGCCGCCGGAGGGUCGAAUUGUACGUGCGGGAGAUGACCAAGAUUCGGUGGACAACCAGGCAGAGCGGCAUACAGAUACGCUCGAAUUAUUGUUUGGACCCGGAGACAGAGGGGGUGACGCCGACACGACACAUCUUCCAAUCCGCCCCAGCACUCCCUUGUCGCAUGAACUCUCUAUUCCCACUCGCCGCGCUCGCGCCACCCACCGCAGUCGCAUUGACGACGAGGGGACGAAUCGUGCAUUUGAAUACUGGGGCGUCGAUGUCGCUCGGGACAAGGAGAAUGAAUCUGGCUGCAUUCAUGCCACAAAACAGCCGAGGGUGCCAUACGCGGUCACUCGUCCACAUACGGGAUCCAAGCCACGGGCCAUUUUCGGCAAUCUGGCGAUGUAAUACUAGCUGCUGCGUCUGCAGUGGCCGAUGAGGGUACUUGAGGGACACUGUUGUUGUUCUUAUAUUUUCAUAUAUUCAUUCUGC